AAACGUCAUUUGUAUGUAUAAAAACACGUGACACUGGAAUUGCAAAGCGAUUAUUUUCUGGCUAUUAAUUUAAUUACUGUACCAACUGGAAUAUGUUUCCCCCUCAUUUAUAACAAGGAUCUAGUAUUUACGGAAGCCUCGGAGAUGCUCGAUUGCGUUUUUCUUUACCACAGCGAAGUCCAGCUAUCCCACUGAUAAUUAUCGGUCAGUUCGCCUUUUCGUUUCAACCCCUUGACAUUCUUUUCUGGUGUUAGGUUCGAGUCAGGACAAAACAGAUCUGUACGUGACCGAAGAGCGAGCGAAACGCAAAAUGCGAAAUGCGCGGUUAAAAAAGAGGGAGGGAACCGCCGGUGGAGGUUCGGGAGAAACAGGGGGUGGGCGCGGUAUAGGGGAGGAAUUUCGCGCGUGCUCCGCUUCAUCCCCCUCGAUUGCCGCCGCCGCCGCCGCCGCCGCUGCUGCUGCUGCUGCUGCUGCUGCUGGUGCUGGAUGCUGAGGGUAGCUGGACCGCGCGCGCGAGGUGUCAGUUCUACGCGCGACCUCUCCCCCGAAGGUGUCAACCUACUCGCGACCUGGUCCAAGGUGUUUGCCAAAGUCCCGUGCUACCGACGAGUCUGUCCUCGCGAGUUUCACUCACUCGUUUCUUCGUUUUUGUUUGUUCGUCGUUCUGGUCAAUCAAGAAAGCCCGAGCAGUGCACGCUCGACUUUCCUUCCGCGAGAGGAAAAAAGCAGAAGUUCAACUGUUCAUCUGGCACGUGACACGGCUCCAACAACGCUAUCAUGUUCGUCGGGAUAUCCAGAGGAAGCAAUGAGGAAGCUGAAUCGACGUAACGGUCUACGCCAGGAUGGCCAGUUGGCCGUUGAGAAUCGUACUCCUGUCCAGCGCCCUCAUCCUUGUCCGCGGAAGGGGAGUGGUGCUGGAUAGUCAGGGUCCGGUGUUGAAGACAGAGCCACACUCGUCGAUCAAAUUCUCGAACGAGACCGGGACGAUAAUCCAUUGUUCGGCACAAGGUAGUCCCUCGCCGAGGAUCGAUUGGCUUAUGGGAGACGGGUCACCUGUGCUCUCUAUACCGCACAUCCGUGAGAUUCUGGUAAACGGCUCGAUGUACUUCUUGCCGUUCGGAGCGGAGAGCUACCGACACGACGUCCACUCAGCCGUCUACAGAUGUCAAGCCUCGAACAGCGUCGGCAGGGUGCUGGGCCGUGAAAUUACGGUAAAGGCCGUUGUGCGUCAGAAGUACGAGGUCAAAGUGAGAGACGUCUACGUCCUGCCAGGAAAUACCGGUGUGCUCAGGUGUGAAAUACCAACGUUCGUUAAAGAAUACGUCGCUGUAACGUCCUGGGUUCAGGAUUCCACCUACAACAUCUACCCCACAACGAAGAUCGAGGGGAAAUAUCAUAUGCUGCCGACUGGGGAGCUGCUGGUAUUCCAAAUAACAGCGGCCGAUGUCCAUUCCAGUUAUCGAUGCCGGACCGUGCACCAUGUCACAAGCGAGAACGUGGAAAGUUCCUCGUACGCCCGGAUCGUGAUAAGUGACCAACGCAAGCCAGUCCCGCCGCGAUUCAACGAACGAGUCAGCCCAGCGCCGAUACGGACACAGGAAACGAUCGUUCUGUCUUGCAUCUCUCAAGGAAUACCAGCCCCGAUGUACCUGUGGUUUCGCGAGUCCGUGUCGGGCACGGCGAUGAUCUUCGAUUCGGAGAGGGUCCACGUCAGGGCAGGCGUGCUAGUUAUACAAUUGGCCACACCCGAGGAUGCUGGACGAUACGUCUGUCACGCCAACAAUACAGCCGGUUCCGAAAGGGUCGAAUUGGAAGUUUCCAUUAUAAGUAGCCUCUCUAUCCACCUAGCACCUCUACAGGCCACCGUCGACUUGGGGAAAGAUAUCAAAUUUCAGUGUUCCGUUACCGGUCAACCAGUCCCGGUGAUCUCCUGGAUGAAGGACGGGGUUCCAGUGAGAGAAGGAGCUUCCGGUAGAACUAAAAUCAUGGGAAACGACGGCUCGACUUUGUACAUAUCCUCGAUCGCGAGGGACGACAAGGGGAUGUAUCAGUGCUUCGCGAAGAACGACUACGAAAUGGUCCAAGCGACUGUGGAGCUGCGUCUAGGGGACGCCGCGCCUCAGCUUCUAUAUAAGUUCAUCGAGCAAAUCAUCCAACCCGGACCUUCGGUCUCGCUGAAGUGCAUCGCCACGGGAAACCCGACGCCGCACUUCUCCUGGACCCUCGAUGGAUUUCCCCUUCCGCAGAACGACAGGUUCAUGAUAGGCCAGUAUGUGACGGUGCACGGUGACGUAAUAUCGCACGUGAACAUAAGCGUGGUGCACGUCGAGGACGGCGGAGAAUACCGAUGCUCUGCGGCGAAUCGGGUGGGGAGGAUUCACCAUUCGGCUCGUCUCAACAUUUACGGGCUGCCCCAUGUACGGCCGAUGGGAAACUAUGCCGCAGUGGCUGGCGAAACCACCGUCAUCAAAUGUCCGGUCGCUGGUUUCCCGAUCGCAAGCAUCACGUGGGAGAAAGACGGCAAAAUGUUGCCAACGAGUCGACGUCAGGACGUAUCCCCGAACGGAACGCUGGUGCUUCAUGACGUCGACAGCAACCACGAUCCCGGCGCGUACACUUGCACGGCGAAGAACAAACAAGGUCGCUCCGAUUCUCAGACGGUUCACAUCGAAGUGAAAGUUCCGCCCACGAUAGCCCCCUUUAGCUUUAACAAGGACCUGUCGGAGGGUGUGCGUGCUCAGGUAACUUGCAUGGUCGAGAAGGGUGAUCCUCCGUUCACGAUCGCCUGGUCCAAGGACGGCGAACCGAUCGCUGGACCAGGUCCACUUGGAUUCGGCAACUCCGGUAUGACCGGACUCAGGCACACGCAGACACCCGUUGGGCUGCGCGUGACCAACAUUGACGCCCAUUCCAGUACCAUAGUUAUCGAGCGCGUCAGCGCUGCGCACACUGGCAACUAUACUUGUUUGGCGCGCAAUUCCGUGGCCGAGGUCCGCUGGACGGCCGAGUUGAUCGUUCGUGUGCCACCCCGUUGGGUGAUGGAGCCCCAAGAUGUUCGCGCUUCGGAGGGAAUGUCGCGGCUGGUACUCCACUGCCACGCGGACGGGUUUCCGCCCCCAGCGGUCACGUGGCGGCGUGCGAGCGGCAAGAACCCUGGCAAUUAUCGCGACAUCGUCGCUCACGAGCACGCUCAGGACCUCAGGAUACACUCGAACGGCUCCCUGGUGUUCGGCCGCGUGCAGGAGGAUCACGAGGGAUUCUAUUUGUGCGAGGCGGUGAACGGAAUCGGCGCCGGCCUCAGCAAGGUCGUGCAUCUAACCGUCAACGUGCCCGCACAGUUCAUGGAGAAACAUCGCAAUCAAACGGCGAGGCUCGGUUCGAACGCCUCGUUGCGCUGCGAGGCGAAAGGCGAUCAUCCCUUAAAAAUACUUUGGAAAAAGACUGGCGCGCAGUUGGAGCAGAAGCUGUCGGACUACCGUUACACGGUAAAGGACGAGAAUAUCACGGACGGCACCAUCAGCACUUUGGGAUUCAUCAGCACCAGCCGGGAGGACAGCGGGAAGUAUUUCUGCAUCGCGUCGAACGCUUUCGGCCGCGACGAGAUGACGAUUCACCUGUACAUACAAGAACCGCCGGAUUUCCCACGGAAUCUUCACGUUAUCGAGAAGGGUAGCCGCUACAUCAACAUCAGCUGGACGACCAGCCAGGACGGCAACAGCCCGAUUACGCAGUACAUUGUCGAAUACAAAACUGACACCGAAGUGUGGCACGAUCACACGUUCCACGCUACAGUGCCAGGUACUCAAGCUCACGCGCACGUGACCGGUUUGCGUCCAGCGGUCACUUAUCAGUUUCGAAUAUACGCCGAGAACGAAUUGGGUCGAAGUCAGGCGAGUGAUAUUUUGGAAACGACGACCGAAGGAGAGAAACCUGGUGGACCGCCGCGAAAUCUCAAGGUAGACCCUGUCAGCUCGACCGAGUUUAACGUCACCUGGGAUCCGCCUGAACAUAAUUUAUGGAACGGAGAGAUACUCGGAUAUCACGUCGGCUACAAGGAACAUCGAAUGGAAGCGGACCAGUAUAUCUACAAGACCGUGGAGAGACGGAUUUCCACGGCCAGCGUGGCCUUAGGUCUUGCGAGGACCUCGAUGCCCGGCAGGCAAUACCAGCUGACCAACCUGAAGAAGUUUACGCGUUACAGCGUCGUGGUGCAGGCUUACAACGCUCUUGGCCAAGGUCCUAUGACGCCGGAAGUAGUUGCGACGACGCUGGAAGACGUUCCGAGCAGUCCACCCCAAGACAUACGAUGCACGGCUCUCUCCUCGCAAUCGCUGCAAGUCUCCUGGGAGGCACCUCCCGACUCCAGUCUAAAUGGAAUCCUGAAAGGCUACAAGGUCAUAUGGGAGAACAUGGACGCCCUGACCGAGUCCACCAAGUCGGAGAUGAAGAUCACCAGUGCCUUGACUGUCGUGAUUGACGGCCUCGGGAAGUACACCAACUACUCCGUCCAAGUGUUGGCUUCCACGAGGGCUGGAGACGGUGUCCCGUCCGUGCCGCUGCAUUGCGUCACCGAGGAGGAUCGUCCAGAGGUGCCGGCGGGUGUGAAGGCGGUCGUCAGCUCCGCGACAUCAAUUAUCGUGUCCUGGCAGCCGCCCCUCAGAAGCAACGGGAACAUCACGUCGUACAACGUUCAUAUUCGCGGAGUCGGCCCCGAGGGAAAAUGGUACAGGCGGGCGCUUUCGCCGCAUCAGACCAGCUAUCAGGCUGAAAAUUUGCACAAGAGGAAUCAGUACGAGUUUAGCAUCGCCGCCGUCACCUCGGUGGGCGAGGGACCGCAGACUCACCCCAUCACGAUCUCGCCUUCCAGCGAAGUUCGCGCGGCGAUAUACUCCUUCGGCACUGUUCUGAUCGUUCCCUGGAAACAAGACGCGUUGCUACCGUGCCAGACCGUUGGAAAGCCGGAGCCGUCGGUGACGUGGAAACAAUGGGGCCAGAUAGUGAAAUCGUCCACUAGGGUGUCCUUGUUACCGGAAGGCUCGUUGCAGAUUAUGGAUCUUCACAGGGAGGACAGCGGGAACUACACCUGCUACGUCGAGAACCGUUAUGGUUCGGAUCAAAUAACGCAUCGUCUGACCGUGCAAGUUCCACCAGCAGCCCCGUUACUCCACGCUACCAGCGCUACCAGCAACUCCAUCAACGUCCAGUGGAAGAACGGCGACGACGGUGGGGCGCCAAUUAGGGGCUACAUUCUCCAUUACAAACGAGAAUCCGGCGAAUGGGAGGAGAUGAAGGUUUCCCACAAAAUCAACAGUUACGUGCUCUCGCGGUUGUGGUGCGGCAACGACUACCAAAUGUACUUGACGGCGUACAAUCGGAUCGGUAUGGGAUCGCCCAGCGAAAUCGUGAAAGCCACGACCAAAGGCUCGAAGCCUGACGACUCGCCCAGCAACGGUGAUAAAUUCGUAACGGUGAACGUGUCGUGGAUCACUCUUCAUCUGAACAUGUGGAACGACGGGGGAUGUCCGAUCACUUACUUCGAGCUGGAGUACAGGAAGAACGGAGAAGGCAUUUGGACGUUGGUGUCGAAUAACAUCGAGGUACAGAAAACGUACACCCUCAGCGAGCUGCAAUCCGGAACGACUUACGACAUCCGAAUAAGGGCGCACAAUAACGCGGGGUUCUCGGUGGCCGAAUACAGGAUAACGACUCUGCAGCCUCACACCAGCAGCACGAUACCGGCUGUGGAGAUAGAUCACUUCAUACCGCACCACACGUCCGUCUACUCGGAUAUGAAGCUCAUCAUUCCCCUGAUCCUGAGCUCUCUGGCGGUCAUCGCCGCCGCUGGUGCCGUAUUCUACUGUUUCCGGAAACGUCCGUUUAUAGGGGAAAUCGCUAGCCUCCACGACGCCCAAACCGCGGCCGCCUUAGACAAUAAGCAAAACAUGGAGCAGCGCGAGCAGUAUUACGCCACCGUGCGUAAACCUCUACGCUCGCCGAUACACGAGAUGGCUACUUUGGAAAAAAUUCCAGUGCCGUUUAAAAAAAUGAUUUCAGAGUACUCCGAGGACAUUUACCCGUACGCCACGUUCCAACUGGAGGAAAGCGUCCCGCCAGGAGGCGACAGCCGCUGUAAUUCCGCCGCGCCUCUUCAGACCUUCGUCUAUCACGAUCCUCGACUAUCCACCGCCGACACUCUACAAUUACGAGAGUCGGAUUGCAACCGGUACACUAAGGUGCGCGGAGGCCGUUCGUCCUCUGCGCAGUUGCACAAAACGCACAAAGUCAGUCAGGGCAAGUCCGAGUCGGAGGAAUACGACACCCUGGGCUCGGAUAGCGACACGGAAGUCGGGACCAGCAGCCGAACCGAGUCUUCCAAUCACCUCGUCGAUUCGCACCACUCGGUGUCUGCGGCCGACUCGCGUGUCCACAACUUCCUGUACCAUGGACCAGAAUCUAGCACGUCUACAGAACCCUCACCGAUUUUUGAGAGAAAAUCGUUUCCUGGAAGGGGAAGACCCAAGAUGUUACAGUUGGCGCGUCAUACCAGCGAGGAGACCCGUUCCAACUUCGGCCCAAUCUCCGGGCUUGGCAAUCCCAAGCACCAGUCGAGCAAUUCCUGUUCCAAUCGGGACCAGGAGCGUGACGGAUCCGGAAGCCUGUUCAUCCCCAAGCUGGACCCACCCACGGGGUUCUCCGACGCGUUUGAGCUAAGCGAGGCCGAAUGCGACCUCGAUCGCGGCCACAGUAGCCAACGAAACGUCCGUGACUUCGUAAUCGCGGUGUAAAUAAGCGUAAAGCCUACGACGAACCCCUCCUUCACACGAUGCUGCGCGCGAAACUACGAAACGAACGAAACCCCAUACAAACUUGCAUUGUAAGGAAUAAGAGUGAAAGAGGAAGAAAGGAGUGGAAGAAACCGUGGUCCGUCUUUCGUUAAUUACACUGGCCACCGUCUACUGGGGCCACCGAAUAAUGUACUCCCACUGUUCGUGUUCCUGGCCUACGUUGAUAAAAGGGUGUCGGUCGUUAUCCUAGCGAGAACGAACACCCACCGACUCGACUAUGUGUUCUUUUGAACUGCCAGUUCGUUCGAAUUUCCGCGAACCCGCGACCGCGCGACACCGCCGUUCGCUUUCGGUAUACCUACAUAUAUGUAUUUUUCGUUCCAGGGACUUGGAGCGAAUCGCGCUGUCCCUCGACCGUGGCGAGAACUCGAUCGGGAUUAACGUCUUCGAACGUUCGAGUUAUCCCUAACGAACAAUUUUUUCAACCGCUGUUCCGUUCUAAAGGCAACAAUUAUCGUGUAAGAAAUUCUACGCGUCCUACUCGAACAAGCAGGAUUCUUUUGCUGGCCGUCGAAAUAACAUUCGAUGCUAUCCUUCGAGUUCGAUUACGCUCCUGGAUAAAAAGACAGCGCGUGCUGUUCCGUUGUCCAGAAACGCUGAUCCUCCUUCGUACGUGUAACAUUUCACUGCGAACGAUUCGGAAAACAACUUCCGCUAAACACUCCUAUUAUACAUACUUAUACGUAACGAAGACUCGAAUCGUUUUCGAUUAACACGUCGAUUAACGCGAAUCGUCCUAUCGUUAAGACUAGAUUCCGGUAAGAUCACGGUAAACGAUUUCAUCGUAUCGAGUGCAUAUCCCAGCGAGCAAUACGCGGUUUGUUACGUGUUUACUUGGUCUUCCAAUUCCGUAGAUCGUUUUAUCUACUCGUUUUAUCCAUUACGAACGUCGUCCUUUUUCACGCGCGACCGAUACUCGCCCGGCGCGAUACAAAUCGAUGCGAUCGUCGUCCCGAUGGAAGCCUGCGUGCGGUUUUGUUCACGUUUCCACGAGGAACGAUGUGUUAUACGUGUAUAAAGUAAGAAAGUAACGAAGACAGACGAGAGAGAAAUAAAGUGAAAAUGAUAAUUCGUCGUUGUCAUCGGUGUCGUUUCAAUUCCAAGAGACUGAAACGUUUAGUAGCGAGACGUAUAGCGUUAAACUUACCGUUGAAAACAGAAAAAAUAAAAAAACAAUAUUGUCUGUAAGGUGUCUAUACUACCAUGCUAUCUGUACGUACGUGUACCUCGCCCAAAAGCGCGAACGCGGGAUACGAAACGUACCCGCGUCCUCGAUACCGCGCGUCGAUUAACGAUCGACGGACCGAUCAGAUGCGAUAUGGAAACCGGAAACGGCAAAAUAAAAGGAGCGCCGUUGAGAUAUUCGACCGUCGUUGUAACAAAAAAUGAUAAAUAAUACGGGAAACCCGUCGAGUCUAUGCAUUCGUUGCCAUCGAAUCAGUUCACUGUUUACUGCCGAUCGACCGUUCACUCGGCAAUGCGACGAUGAUUUUUGUCUCGUGUUCUCGUUAUGUCGGAACCCGGGUCCACCCUUCGAUACCGCGGGAGACAAAAGAAGAGAUAUGGAUCUGUUGACAAAUCGUAUACUUUAUAAUAUAUGAAAAUGAUUUACCACGAAACUCGUACUAUUGUGUUUUAGACGACUUUAGAUUGUUUAUAUUCUAUUUACUUUGUAAAAUAUACAACACUAAUUCCAUUAAUGGAACCCCCACCGUCUCUUUCAUGUUCUC